AGACACACAGACAGGUUGCUAGGUAAGAGCUGGGGACGGAGUUCAGUCAAACACUGAAGUGAAGCAGGUUGUAAGAGAAACCUGGAACCCUCGAACUAAACACGACUCUUCAUCAAGGAUCACACGCUGAACAGACACAGGAGACGACCACACGGAGGUGAAGGGUUAUUUCUAUAAAGGCAGGUUAUUCUGAGGAGGGUUUUUUUUUAAACAGGUAACAGGAGGACCUGGCUCUGUUCUGCUCCACUUCUCCAAAACAGCGUUUUUCUUCCACUUUGCACAAAGGAGGAUCUGUGCUGCUGCUGCUGCUGCAGGUAGAUAACUGCGCUCAGGUGAGGCGGAAGCGACAUGGUUCAUCCGUGAGGAGGGAUCGAACCACCGGCUGCUCUUCCCGUUUUGCGUCGCCCACCUGUUCACAUCCGGAUCCAUGUGUCUCCAGCUGUUCCUGGAGGACCACAUGUCCACCCAGUGACCUGAUGCCAUGGGCCCCAGCUGAUGCCCUCAGGUCCCCGGUCUGCCCGCACCCGGCCCUGGAUAGAGAUGGAAGCAAACCCGGACGUGCUGACCAUCCCUGGAGCUGUGGCCGGGAGUGUUCUCCUGCUGCUGCUGAGCAGUGAUCCGGCGUGGGGAAAUUUGACCACCACUAGCUCCCCUUCAAAUAUAACUAAUGGACCCAACAUCGCGGCUAUCGUGGCCCCCACGGUCACUCUGGGGGUCUUGGCCAUCGUCUUGGCCGUGCUGGCUUGGCUUUUCUGCGUGGUGAAGAAGAAGAGGCAGUCGGAGGGGACGUACAGACCCAGUGCCGAGGAGCAGUCCGGCGUGCACAGCGUGGCAGCACCGGACACGCUCAAGCUACCAAAGGAGGAGCGACUCAUUUGAGAUGCAGCGCUCGGACUCAAACCCUCGGCGCUCCUGCGUGACGAAGCUCUCUCUCUCUUGAGCUGAAGGAUCUCUCCGGGCCGAGUGAGGACGGAGCGCCACCUUCACACGAUGCUUUGACCGACCGCUCCGUCUCUACAAGCACAGAAUCCUGUGUGACCACGGGAGGAGACUCACCUGGAUGUGUCUUCCAACAGAUUUUAAGACAGUUGAACAUUUCAAGUGGGAUUUCUCUUCUGCACAGGAGAAACAGGAGCUGCAAUAUUUUUUAUCACUACUAGUAAUUUUCUAUUUGGACAUGUUUUCCUGUUUCCGUUGCCUUAAUAUUCAAUGUAGAUGAUUAGAUUCAUUGUAAAAACACUGUCACCGGCUAAAUCUAUGCUGAUCCUUUACCUCAAACUUUAUUUUUUGCUACAGAGCUCAGACGAGUCCAUUGCAUUUACAAGUGAUAAUGUUUUUAUCCUAACAAUGAGAGAAGGUAAACCUGCUCUGUGAUGAAAAUGAGGUUACACUGGGAAAUUAAACCCAGCACAAAGCAAAUUGUCGUUUACACUUGAAGUAUUCUUUAAAUAAUCACACUAAUGUAAAGGUUUCUAUCGUUUCAAAUUUUUCACUUCAUUAGAUUAGCCAUGAAGUGCAAGAAGCAUCGUAAUCAUCAGAGAUGUUUCACAGUGUCACAGCAUAUUUAUUAAUUCUUUCUGUCUGAUAAAUACCAACAUGUUUGUACCAUAGAUGAGUAAUUAAAUCUAACAAAACAUUUA